AUGGAAACUCUACAUACGUCAUUAUUCACUGGUUAUAACAAAAAUGUGCGACCAAUAACGAACCAAAACACGGCAAUUGAAGUUAAAAUUGACAUGUCAGUUAAGUCAAUUAGGGAUUUUGAUGAAGUGAAUGAAAAGUUUUCCUUUGUCGCAGCGAUGGUACUUUCAUGGACAGAUGAAAAGUUACAAUGGGACCCAAGUGUCAAUGGUGGCAUCGAACAGAUUACAGUGUCGUUCAAUGAUGUAUGGGUUCCUGAACUGACAUUGUCGAGUCCUUCUUCAAAAGGAUCAACAUUAGGAAAAUCAUCUGACAUAAUUCGCGGUGAUCAAUUUGGUCAAAUGGAAUGGAUGCCUGGGGGUCUCAUUGAAAGCACGUGUAGUGUUAACGCUAAAAACUUUCCGUUCGACACUCAGAGUUGCGAAACCAGUUUUACUUCCUUAGGUUACAAGAGCCAUGAAGUGAAUCUUUCAAUCUGA